AUGAUAGGUGAAGUAGCAGUCCCUAUUGAUCAAACUAAGGGCGAUUUUCUAAUCCAAGUAAUAAAUAAAGAACAAAUUAGAAAAAGAUUAGCUAAACUAAGAUCAGAAGAACGAAAUAAAAUAGCUUAUAUUCAUAUUAGUACAAUUCAAAUUAUAUUAAAAUCAAACAUGAAAAUAGGAAUUGACGCACCCAUGGUAUUAGAAAUUCGUGAUGAUAGACUCAUUAACGAAGAAGAAAGUAUUAUUGCCAAAGGAACGGGAAAUUUAGGAGUAGGAAUAAUUAAAUUUGAUAUUAACCUACAACAAGGAUUGAACCUGACAGAUGGUAACCUUGACUCUUCUAUCAUUAUAAAAUAUGAAUUAAAAAGAGAAAAUUUUAUGAAAGAAAAUAGCAAACCAUUUUCAGUAACUUAUCAAAUAAACUAUACGUUAACAGAUAGUCACCAUAGUUUAACCUUAAAAAAUAAAGAAUUAAUCACUAUAGAAGAUUUAUUUAAACUUUUAAUCCAAUUAGAAGCACCACUAAAGACCGUUAAAAUAAAACCUAGCCGACCAUCGAUAACCCAAGACCAAAGACGGAUGAUUAGAACACAAUCAGAGAGGAUUAGGCAUAUCCCAGUAAUUGAACAAGAUCUAGAACGAGAAGAGAUAACCAAUAAUCAAGUAAUAAAUAAGUUGGAGAAAUUGCAACAUUCAAUAUCAAAUCUAGAAAAUAAAAUCUAA